UAGACUUCGCGAAGAAUCUGCUUACUCCCUCUGGCAGCCAGUGUCGUCCCACUUUGUUUUUGACACUCAGGCCCCGUGCCCCGACACCGGGUCCUGUUUUGAGAAGAGGAGGGAAGAGAAAUAAACGUAGCAGCGCAUCUAAGGCCAGUGGAAACACUAAAAAAGGCUGGACCGAGGGGCAUGCAAUCUAGGAACCUUCUGGCUGAUUCACUCCCACUCAUUUUGCAGACACCUCCUCCGACCACCGAUCCACGCACUCUGUUCCUCCGCCCCCUGGCCUUUGGGGUGCUGAAAAAGGGGUGUGCCAGCCCCUGUCGGGGGGUGGCGGGUUUGGCGCUGUCUGGGCUUCACAGGAGAAAAUCUGGGGUUAAACCGCCGUAGUAGCUCCCAGACCGCCUUCCAGAUACUUCGGACCCACACCGCCCUUCGCCACCCCCACACACCCGUCUUUUCAGUCCUGGAAAGGGAAUUCGGGUUCUCAAGCCGGAGAAAUGGCGGUUAUCUGGGGAUCUGGGUGGGAGGCGGAGCCCAGAGUGGAGAAACAGUGGAAAAUCACGACUCGAACCCAAGAACGCAGUCAUGGAGGCCUGUGUUCUGCAGACUAAGGCUAGGCCUGAGGGGGCUGGAGAGUGAAGAGAGGGUGAUCACAGGAGGGGGACAACUAGACUGUUCAGCAGUAAUCCUCGGUCCCGUGUCCCAUCCAGCUUUCGCUGCACCUCGCCCCGCCCCCUCCCACUUCAGUGCAGAGAAGGGGUGUGGCGGUGGCGUGUCCCUGAGAAAUGGCGGAAGACGGGGCGGUGCAGAGUGGAAGGAGGCGUUGAGUGCCUGAGGAGACUGCGCCGGAGGAGGGAUUGGAAUGAGAGGAGAGGGGUGGGAAGAGUUGAGGGAAUUUGGGAGGUAGAAAUGUUUGACAUUCUGAUGUAUGAAUUCCAGAAGGCAAUUAUUGGGACUCUUGUUCUGGUGCUGAUCCAUCCACAAGGCUGUCAGUCUCCAGCGUCUGCUGUCUGUAUGUCUGCCUUUUGGUCUGUCCUUAGGAUGAAGUUCUAACUGAACUGAAGGAGGGAUAAACAGCCCUGAAUCCUUGGAGGGGUUCAAAUCAGCAAAGGGACCGGUGUCAGACCAUCGAGGCUCCUUUCGGCCCCUGCACAACCACAGGCUUGAAGGGAAAAGAGCAAUCUGCUCCUGAUUCCGGCAGGUUGGUAUGUGUAUGAGCACCCUCUGCGGACCCUUGGGGUGGGGAGGUAGGAGGGUAGGCAUCAGAGCAGAAUAUGGGAUUUCUACUGCCUUUCUCUGCUCUCCAUCAGCUUUCUUGACGCUCAUACUGCCUCUGAUCUCCCUCUUAAACCAAACCUGUUGCCAUCCAGGUGAUUCUGAGACAUGGCAACCCCAUGUGUUACAGUGUGGAACUGAGCUCCAUAGGGUUUUCUUGGCUGUAAUCUUUAUGGAAGCAGAUCUCCAGGCCUUUCUUCCGCGAGGUGCCACUGUGUGGGUCCCAACCACCAACCUUUAGGUUAGUAGUCCAGUGCAAACAGUUCGUGCCACCCAGGCCCCAUCCCCCUCCCCCAUCUAGGUGCUGGAAAAUUGUGUGUUGGAUUGGCAGGGCAGGCUAGGGAUGAAGACAAAACGUUGGACAACCAGGGCCCUGAAUGAACAAACGCGGGCUUUGGCACAGUGUCCUGGGUGCUAGCCUACCACCAAGCAUUGUGUCCCCACUCUCUACUUAAAGCAGGCCUGGGUAGGCACAAGGUGAGCUGGAGCCCAAAGUCUCGUUUCUAUCCUGUACCCUUAGGUCCUGCUCAGCUUGUAACCUCAGCAGAACUUGCUAGCCUGAGCUGUAGCAUCUCGCCCAGGCGCGCACGCAUCCCGCUUGGGCAAGCCAGCUCUGCGCCCUGAAUCAGAGAAUCACCUCAGCUGCACCAUGAGCCGCGUUCGGGAUGCUGGCUGCGUAGCCGCGGGGAUAGUGAUCGGGGCUGGAGCAUGGUACUGUGUGUUCAAAUACUCCAGGGGAAGAGACCAGAAGAAGAGACUGGUCAAGGCCAAGCCCAAGGCCGUGGCUCGUACUGGAGCCAAGGCUAGAGCCGGGCUAAGGGCAGGAUUCACAAUCGACCUUAGGCCUGGAUUUGGACCUCCAGCCCCAGUGCUGGCUGGGGCACAGGACAGGGAUCAGGAUGGAGACUCUGCACUGAACAAUGGUGGAGCUGAGGCAAUGGUCCCAGCUGCGGCCAGUGCUGAGGCUCAGAGUGGGGCAGGAAGUCAGGCCCAAGAGGCUGGUGGGGCUGGGGCUGGGGCUGGGCCUAAGGCUGAAUCGGAAGUUGGAACUGCAGCGCCUUCUGCAAUGGCACCACCUCCCGGCGAGGCACAGGCUCCUGGAGCUACAGAGGCUCCCACAAUGCCAGAGGCUCUCACAAUGCCAGAGGCUCCCACAAUGCCAGAGGCUCGCACAAUGCCAGAGGCUCCCACAAUUCCAGGGGCUCCCAAGUUGGCAGAAACCCCCAGUGCAGAUGAGGCUCCUGCAGUGGCACCUCCGAAGGCAACAGAAAGUGUGAGGGUGAUGGAGGCUCCCACCGCUGCAGCGCCUACUGAGGUGGCAGAGGCACCUGAGGUGGCAGCACCUGCUGAGGUGAUGCAGACUCCUGGGGCGGCAGCGUCUACCCAGGCCGCAGAGCCAACAGGUCCUACAGAGCCUCCUGGAACUUCUAGGUCCUCUAGAAUAGCUCCAGUUCCUGGAACAGCAGCCACCAAGAGAGCGACCCCAGGGGCACACACUGGGGCUAUACCUAAGGCCGGGUCAGCGACUGGAGCUGUACCCAAAGGCGGGGCCAAGGGUGGAACCAAGUCCCGUGCUGGAGGCAAAGGCAAGGGCAAGAAAAACAAAGUUGAAGUAGACGAAUUGGGGUUGGGCUUCCGCCCUGGGGAUGGGGCAGCAGUAGCUGCUGCAGCCUCAGCUAAUGGGGGACAGGCUUUCCUGGCGGAGAUCCCUGAUUCUGAGGAAGGUGAGUCCGGAUGGACUGAUACAGAGUCCGAUUCAGACUCUGAGCCUGAGACCCAGCGCAGAGGGAGGGGGAAGAGACCAGUUCACAUGCAGAAGCGCCCCUUUCCUUAUGAAAUUGAUGAGAUCCUGGGUGCCCGAGACCUCAGGAAAGUCCUUACCUUGCUUCAGAAAACAGAUGAUCCUUUCAUCCAGCAGGUAGCUCUGCUCACCCUGAGCAACAAUGCCAAUUAUUCAUGCAACCAAGACACAAUUCGAAAAUUGGGAGGCCUCCCAAUUAUUGCAAACAUGAUCAACAAAACUGAUCCUCACAUUAAGGAAAAAGCCUUAAUGGUCAUGAAUAACCUGAGUGAGAAUUAUGAAAAUCAGGGCCGGCUUCAGGUGUACAUGAAUAAAGUGAUGGAUGAUAUCAUGGCCUCUAAUCUGAACUCAGCAGUACAGGUAGUUGGGCUAAAAUUUUUAACAAACAUGACUAUUACUAAUGACUACCAGCACCUGCUUGUCAAUUCCAUUGCAAACUUUUUCCGUUUGUUGUCUCAGGGAGGUGGAAAAAUCAAGGUUGAGAUUUUGAAAAUACUUUCAAAUUUUGCUGAAAAUCCAGACAUGCUAAGAAAGCUGCUCAGUACCCAAGUGCCAGCAUCCUUUAGUUCACUCUAUAAUUCUUAUGUGGAAUCAGAAAUUCUUAUUAAUGCACUUACUCUAUUUGAGAUCAUCUAUGACAAUCUCAGAGCGGAAGUAUUCAACUACAGAGAAUUCAAUAAGGGCUCCCUUUUUUUCUUAUGCACUGCAUCUGGAGUGUGUGUUAAGAAAAUCCGAGCUUUAGCAAAUCAUCAUGACCUUUUGGUGAAAGUGAAAGUUAUAAAACUAGUGGAUAAAUUCUGAUUGGCUGUGUACUCUCAAAGAACUUGAAGAAAUUUCUUGGUUUAUGCAAUUUGGAAGCAUUGAAAAGUGAAAGUUACUGCCUUUCCACUUUGCUCAUAUAGUAAAAGGAUCUUUUCAGCUGCCAGUUUUGAAUAAUGUAUCAUCCAGAGUGAUGUUAUCCGUGACAGUCUCCAGCUUUAAGCUGAACCAUUUUUUGAAUACCAAAUAAAUAGUCCUCUUGUACUGAAAACACAUUUGUGACUAUAAUCUCACUGCUUGGAUGGAAAUAUUUUUACUGUUUCCUCUAUAUGAAUUGAAAGUGAACCUGUCCAUCAUGAAUAGCCUACAUUUCUAUCAUUUGCUUUGACUUGAAUUUAUCCACCAAAGAUUUCAUUUGUGUAUCAUCAAUAAAGUUGUAUGUUUCAACUGACAAAAAAUUGUUCUUAUGCUUGAAUUUAAAAUAUAGCUGAAGAGAUAAGGCACAUAAAUACCAAAGGAUUACUCAUUGUCGAAUGUGUGCUAUCUGGUUAAAUGAAGCACAGGUUGCUGAGGAAGUUUCAAGAAGAAAGGAUACACUUAAGGUGGGCCCUAAGGGACAGCAUGAGAAAAAUCAGACGGGCAUUCCAGGAGAGGGAAAUGGUAUGAACAAAGGCAUGGAGGUUGGAAAUACGUUGCUGUGAUAGGAAGGAAACCAGUUUGCCUGGAGUGGAAGCUGUGGAGAGAGGAGUGAUGCGAGAUAAAGGUGAAAAUUUAGGGUGAGGCAAGUUUAGGGAAGAUCCUGAACCCUAAGCUGAUGUAUUAGAAUAUUAUCCUGUCAUGUUCUGGGAAUCAAUGAACAUUUUUGACUAAAGGAAAAAUAAUCUGGUGGCAAUGUGCAAGCCGAAUUGAAGUUGGGUUGGAGAUAAGGGUGGUGACUGAAUAUGAGGACAUUUGUUAAGAAAUUGUCGUAAUAGACUAAGCAUGAGAUGAUAAAGGGUAAAAUAAAGUGGUGGUGAUUAUAAGAACUGUUAGGGAAAGAUGGUAAUAAGCGACUCCUCUGAAAAGAGAAGUACCAGGAUCUGCUGGUACUUCUGCUGGAGGCUUGGGUACGGGGCGACAGAGAGGGAGGAUUGUAUGGUCCAGUGCAGGUCCUGACAGGGAAAGCCUCUCUUUCUAGGACAACUCUGGUGACCACCAAAGGCCAAAGUGGGUUACCAUUUCAAAGGAUGACAAAAAAGCAAUGGGGCUUCCGGAAGCCAACUCUUCAGACAUGGAUUGGACUGGACAAUGGGUUGGAGAGGGAUGCUGGUGAGGAAUGAACUUCUUGGAUCAGGUGGACACUUGAGACUAUGUUGGCAUCUCCUGCCUGGAGGGGAGAUGAGAGGGUGGAGGGGGUUAGAAGCUGGUGAAAAGGACAAGAAAAGAGAGUGGAGGGAGAGAGCAGGCUGUCUCAUUAGGGGGAGAGUAAUUGGGAGUGUGUAGCAAGGUGUAUAAAGUUUUUGUGUGAGAGACUGACUUGAUUUGUAAACUUUCACUUAAAGCACAAUAAAAAUCAUUUUAAAAAAAUGGGGCAGAAAGAAUGAUGCUUGGUGCAGACAAGUGUUUGAGGUCUAGGUCGGCCUUCUUUUGGAAGAGGGACAGUGGUGUGGCCUUAAUGGGAGGGAGACCCUCUUUGGGGGUCCUCGUGACUUCACUUAAGAACAGAUGUACCUUCCUUCCUCCCCUCCCUGGCUCACUGAAACAAUGAAAGAAGCACAUGGAAGGCGUCCCAGAGAUUUUUCAAAACCAGCCUACUUUGCUGACAUCCUUCAUAAAACCCUCAUUUUUCUACAAGUGUAUGGUAGGCUGUGGCAGUGAUGGGGAUAGGGACACCUAGGAAGGAGACAUAUAGAAAAAGGAUAGAUUGGCAUUACAUAUUGGUAUAACUUAUUAUUUGGGGGAUAAUUUAGCAAUAUGCAUAAGAAGUCUUAAAAAUGUGCAUGCCCUUUGUCCAACUCGUAGAGUUUCCCCCCUUAAGGAAAGAAUCAAAUAAUUGUACAAAAAAGAAUAUACAAAAAUGGUCAAUUCAGCACUGUUUCUAAGAGUGAAAAACUAAAAAUAACUUAAAUGUCUGUUUUACCCUGGGUUCUCUAGAGAAACAGAACCAGUAAAGCAUAUAA